CGUUCUGUUGCGUCCAGUGGGCCCAUGUGAGCUAGGCGUGGUUCGUGUAUGUGUCCGAUCGUAUCAAGAAAGUAAGCUUCGGAAGAUGUGAUCCUGAUGUGAAACGAAAGUUUUUGUGUUGAAUUAUGUCACGACCACUUUUUCAACUGCUCGGAGUUGACUGAAACGUGGAGCAACGAUAUUUUUUUUAACGGAAAAUGAAAUCUGGAAGACGAGCUGUGCAGCCUCAUGACCAUAUGCUAGAUCUGAGUUACAGCGAUGGAUAUUUUACUCUGGAAGGAAAAGGAAGUAGAAUGGAAGCACAGAUAAGCGGUAGUCAUAACCAGAAGCGGAGAUCGCUUCAUAGCCGAGUGGGAAGCAGGGCGUCAACCUCUUCAUUGAGUUUUGAAGCUUGUAGACGUCAGUGCUUAGAAUCUGGAAUUCUGUAUGAAGAUACAGAUUUUCCACUGAAUAACCGAGGUCCGACGAAGAGCAAAUGGCCAGUCGGUAUGCACGCAUCCGUGAUUUGGAAACGUCCUGGGGAAAUGGUUCCCCAACCGAAGUUUUUCACUGAAAUGAGUGUAAACAACGGAAGCAACACUGCGGGGCGACACGGAGGUUCUGGAGGUGCGGAAUCGGGUCUAGGAUUUGGCCCAAGUCGCAUUGCUGGCGUCGACAAAGGAGAACAUGGUAACGGGUGGCUGGUCACUGCGCUAUCUGCUCUUGCAUUGACUCCCCGAUUAUUGGAACGAGUGGUUCCACCUGAUCAGUAUUUUGACGAACAUUCCUACUGUGGCAUGUUCCGAUUUCGAUUUUGGCAUUUCGGAGAAUGGCUUGAGGUUCUUGUGGACGACCGACUGCCGACAAUCAAGGGACGUCUUGUUGGUGUCAAGUGCACCGAUCCGAGUGAAUUUUGGGCGUCGUUGUUAGAGAAGGCAUAUGCGAAGUUGUAUGGCGGAUAUGAAAAUUUGGAGUCGAGUUCGACCAUGAAAGCCCUGCAAGACCUUACUGGAGGCGUCGUUCAAAGCUUCCCCUUGCAAGCCCAGGAUUGGCUCGUGACGUACCAAGUGUUGAACUCCGCAGUGCCGCGUUCUACGCUCGUCAUUGCCUCGGUGCAUCUCCUGGAGGGCAAAGAAAGCAAAUGGCAGGUGCGUCUGAGGAACGGACUGAUAACGGGACAAGGUUACCUCGUAACCGGUCUCGCACGUGUUCGUGUCCGGUCGUCCGGCGGGCAAGAAAUUCCGCUCGUCCGGGUGCGGAAUCCCUGGGGGGCUGCGAGCAGCAGUAGCAAAUACGGUAGUGGCGGGGAUUGGGUCGGGCCCUGGAGCAAAAAGUCGUGGGAAUGGGAGAAUCUGCCCGAGAGGGACAAGCAGCUCUUGUCGCAACGUGUUCGGAACCCCGGCGAGUACAAUGCGGGCGGCGGUCCGGAUUACAAGCAGACGACGGCAGUGAACCCGCAGUUUCACAUUCAAAUACCGCGGUCGGGCCACACCAAGUGCCACAUGGUGGUGUCCGUGACGCAGGAGUACAAGACCCAGCUGUGCCACUCGAUGCGAGGCGGUCUUUUGGACAGCAAAAAGCUUCACCGGCACGACCUCGGCUUUUCCCACGCGCCGAGUGAAAACCUUCAGGCCAUUGGUUUCGCCGUCUACGAAGUGCCAGCCAACAUGACCCGACUGACGACCGGCUUUUGCGUCGAACAAGAACCGAUCGACGUGACGACGCAUUCAGUGGCCCGGGAAACGGCCACGUUUUUCACUCUGCCGCCAGGAAACUACAUUGUGGUGCCGCAAACGGCGCAGCCCAAUUCCGAGUCCCGCUUCCUGCUGCGUAUCUUCACCGACAAGCAGACCAACAUCUGGGAGGUCAACGAGGACAACAUGAUCUUCCGGCCCGUCAGCAUGACCCACUUUGAUGAUCACCAGGUCCUGGAUCCUCAGGCCGAGGGCCGCAACGUGCUGAACAAGGUAUUAUUCAAAUAUUGCUCGGAAAUUGAUGCCCAGGCUCUGAUGAAA